AUGGGAAAACGCGAUUGCGAGAAGCAUUCCAGACGCCGCGAGCAGGCUCCGGAAGGUGCAACGAGAAUCGCAGGCGAUACGGGAUCAAUGACUCCUGAAAUGGUGUCGUGUGGGACUCCAGGGAGGGAAAUGCCAUGCACACGGGAGCCUAUAGAUGCUGCUCUGGCUGCCAAUUCUGUCAGCGUCGACCAUACCACUACGGACCAAGAGCAGCCAAGCUGCAAACUACAUUCGCAAAUCUUAUCUACAGUGGAUGUAAAUGACAAAAAUGCUUCUAGUGUAUCCAAAAGCACUGUUAUAGAAACACCAGCGGCAAAUGCCUUUGAGGGUAAAGAGAAAUCAGGAAAGCCAUGCGAUUCAUCGCAUUCAGAAGCGAGAAACGAUUCUGAAGAACAGUGGAUCUUAGGGUCCAUAUCCGCAUCGAUAUUUGAGUCUUCAGAGCCCCUAGGAUUGAUCACCGCCAUAUCAGCCCUCGGUUCUUGGGUUUCUGCGGCUUUUGCUACUCAUGAAAAAGACUUGGAAGGUGAAUUAGUCAAAACAGACAAAAGGCAAGAAGAAGAGGAAGAGGCGAACAGGGCUAAAGCAAAAGGAAAAGAGAAGAACGAAACAGAAAAUGACAGCGAACCUUCAGGGAACCUUCAAGGUGGUAAAUUUGGAGCAAGUGCACCCGAGAACCUUCCAUGUGCAAAAGUGGAGAGCAGGCAGUCUGAUGCUCAACCAAAACAGGCACGGGUUGUGCUAUCUUCGGAGUUCCAGCAGGGUUCAUUGGACCAACUAGCAGCUCUGCCUUCUCCACAGGCAUCCCCGAAUGUGUCACACUUGCCUCAUGGCGAUGACUCUCACUUAGACCUGCAGGUAUUUUUGCACUUGUGUGGGCAGCCACACCCAAUUCGUUGGUCCCCUGGAGACGCAAUUCCAAAGCAGAGUACGGGGUUAAGGUUGAUGGAUGCUGCUGAAAACGGCGUCUUGCAGGCGCCUGAUUCCAAUCAUCUGCAGGUACCGGCUCCCGAGCUUUUGACAGAGACUGAGAGCCACUUGCAAUCGCCCACUGAGCGACUGUCGUUGCGGCAGUUUGCUGAAAACAUUGAAAUGUGGUUUCUUGACAUCGGAUCAAAAGGCCUAAUUGCCCAAAAGGAAGAUUCUGCCUCGUCUAGCGAUUCUUUCGAGGAAACGACAGGGGCACCUCUUACUGGUAUUGAGGGAGAUUUCACUUUUCCAGCAGGGGGGGACGGCAACCAUCAGACAUGUCCUGAUGAUGGUCUCUGUUGGCUGAACUCCACUUUGCCUAUGUUUCAACGGGAACUUGGCUGCCGCAACCCUUUAGAAGGCUUUUCACGUGCUUCAAGAGUUCCAGUUGAUGCGGUAGAGGGGGACGAUACGGGGUUGCAAUCUGCGAUGCCUCGACACGGAGCUGAAGACACCCCAACUGCCUUGCAGGGGACCCAUUGUCGCACAUUGCUGCAGCAGGACACCCAGAACGGUUCAUCCCAUCAACUCACGAUAGGGAGAGGGGAAGACAGCACAAUAGAUGAAUUACAUCCACAGGGUGCACAUGGGUCCCAUCACUAUGCUAGCAAGGAUGAAAAUUCGGGAACAGGAGCAGCUGACUCGGUGUUGCUUCUGGAUGACUUGUACAUACGAUUAGACCGUUCAGCUUUGCGGGAUUUUGUAGAAGGCACAGAAACGCUGCGUGCGAAUCCUUCUGCAAAGGCAACUUUUGUACAAGAGCAGCAAUUGGCUUGUGGAGCCACAGAAAAUGCGGAUAGGACGAUGCUUGGUGAUGUUAGCAGCUGUGAGGCUUUCGCCUCCACAGUUGAUGGUGAACUGUCGACAGAGGAAGCGGCGACGAAAGAGGCCUCGUUGCGUUCGUGGGGCAACCGCAUUUGGGCAUUCUUUGGAGGGGAAACUGGAGCCGAAAGAACUCAGGCAGACGGGGAUGCAAAGAUGGAUGUCGUAGAGCAAACACUUCCCUUUGAAGAUCCCGCAGUUGUCCAGAGAGAUGAUCACCGCGCAUUCUCCAGUGAAACGUCUCUCCUCCUUGAGUCUAUUAAGCAGGAACAUACACUGCAACUUCUAAGCCCACAGCAACAAAGAUACGUUGCAUCCCUCAUGCGGCGAGACAUUUUCCCAGCAUCGACAUGUAUAGUGGAGGAAGGAGCAGAACCGGUUCUCAUGUGGUGUAGCGCAGGCGAAUUUGAAGUUUCCCAAGCUGGCUUCUUUGGUGUUUCAGUUUUGCGGUCGCUGACUCCAGGAGAAUUUUUCGGGCUGGAGGAGCUAGUUUCGGGCGAAAAGCUCAAGUGUACAUUGACCUCUCGACAAAGUGCCAGCGAAUGUGCAUUAUGGGUAUUAGACAGGGAUAUAUUUAACGAUUCUGUUAAGGAUAUGCUGGCAAAGCGUAAGGCAUUCGUUCCUGUGGCCCAGGAUUUCCUCCACAUGGUUUGUCUUGUUAGGGACCUGCCGGAAGAGGAAAUAUACGCCGUUGCUAGAGCGUGCAAGGUGGAGAGGUUCGCAGAGGGCCAAACUGUCUUCAAGAUGGGUUUUCACGGCGAUAUGUUUUGUUUUAUAUAUAAGGGUGAAGCUAUCACGCAGAAACCUCAAGAUGGUGGGGGGUUUCUUGAGCUGGCGAGACAGGGGAAAGGAGAAUAUUUUGGAGAAAUGGCACUGAUAAAGAGCACUAGACGCACGGCUUCCGUCGUUGCAGGAACGGAAUUAGUGUUGUUCUGUCUAGAUAAGGAGUCAUUCGAAACCCUUCUCUCUCCUCUUAAGGAAAAAAUGGCAGCAAAAGCGGCCUCUACUUAUAAACGGCAGGACGAAGCACCUCUGACUGCAAGUGAGAUGAAAUCGGCAGAUGGGAGCGCUUUGGCUCCUGUGCUUGCUACUCGCGACGCGGGCGAAGUUUGUGCGAAAAAACGCACUCGCAAAAAUUCGCUUGCUCUACUUAAUUAUUCGAAGAUCAGGGAUCAGGAGAAGCAGUCGGAAAAUGGGGAAAGCGACACACCUGAAGAUAGAAGUACAGCUCGCUGGCGACUGGCCCGGGAGCCCGAGUCUAUACACGAACCCCCUCCCCUUUGCACACAAGGGGGUCGAAGCUGCCUUAAAGAGAACAAUCCGCAGGGUGUACAUCGAAAACCCAAAUCCCCUGUUAGGUUUGACGAGGGUUCUCUUCUGCCUUCCGAGUCAUCAUCUGAUGAAGGCUGA